CACACACACACACACACACACAACCCUGCUCUCAGCACUUGUGCUUUUGUUAGUUCUACAGAAGAGGCAGAGAAAUGGGAGAUAACAAAGGUUCCAUUUCCUUUCUGUUGAGAGAAGGCUUUUGUCUUUCCUCCUGCAAAAAUGUCAGUGCCUGGCAAGAGUUUCAUGUGAAACAGAUUCUAAGGCUACACUGGAGGUGGUUUAGUCAUCCUUUGCAAGGGUCACCCAACACUGGAAAAUGCCUGCAGGAAGGAUAUGAGCAUAGAGGGAUCCCGGUUCAGGGCAGAUUGAACAACCAUGCUCAGGACAGAAACAGACUGAAAAAAAGGAACAAUUCUUUCCACCCUAACAUACUAACACCAGGGCCAGCACUGGCCCCUGACCAUCAGAGAUCCUUUCAGAAUUGGCACUCACAAAACCUGAUAGAACAUCUUCGAGCAAAUGAAGAUACUCCUAAAGCAGUUUCAGAAGAGAAUUUGUUUAAAGAAGCCUGUGAGAAACACUUACAAGAUUUGGAGAUGAUUGCUGAUGAUAAUACAGAAGAUUCUACAGUGAGACUGGAUACACAAAAUCCUGAAGAAAUGAAUGUCAACAAAUCUGAGGAGCAGUUUCAUGCUAUAAACCAUGCAGAGCAAACUCUACACAGAAUGGAGAACUACCUGAAAAAGAAACAACUGUGUGAUGUACUACUUAUUGCUGGACACCUCCGAAUUCCAGCCCAUAGGUUGGUUCUCAGUGCAGUGUCUGAUUAUUUUGCUGCAAUGUUUACUAAUGAUGUGCUUGAAGCCAAACAAGAAGAGGUCAGGAUGGAAGGAGUUGAUCCUAAUGCACUUAAUUCCUUGGUGCAGUAUGCUUACACAGGUGUCCUGCAGUUAAAAGAAGAUACUAUUGAAAAUUUGCUGGCUGCAGCUUGUCUCUUGCAAUUGACUCAAGUCAUUGAAGUAUGCUCCAAUUUUCUCAUAAAGCAUCUCCAUCCUUCAAACUGUUUAGGAAUUCGAUCAUUUGGUGAUGCCCAGGGCUGUACAGAGCUCCUGAGUGUGGCACAUAAGUACACAAUGGAACACUUCAUUGAGGUAAUAAAGAACCAAGAAUUCCUCCUGCUUCCAGCUAAUGAAAUUUCAAAACUUCUGUGCAGUGAUGACAUUAAUGUUCCUGAUGAAGAAACAAUUCUCCAUGCUUUAAUGCAGUGGGUGGGAUACGAUGUACAGGCUAGGCAACAAUACCUAGCAACGUUGCUUUCUUAUAUCAGACUGCCAUUACUUCCACCACAGUUACUGGUGGAUCUUGAAAAUAGCUCCAUGUUUACUGGUAAUCUUGAGUGUCAGAAGCUCCUAAUGGAAGCUAUGAAGUACCAUCUCUUACCUGAGAGACGACCUAUGAUGCAAAGCCCUCGGACAAAGCCUAGAAAAUCAACUGUGGGGGCACUUUAUGCUGUGGGAGGCAUGGAUGCUAUGAAAGGUACCACUACAAUUGAAAAAUAUGAUCUCAGAACCAACAGCUGGCUACAUAUUGGCACCAUGAAUGGCCGUAGGCUUCAGUUUGGAGUUGCAGUUAUUGAUAAUAAGCUCUAUGUCGUGGGAGGAAGAGAUGGUUUAAAAACUUUGAAUACUAUGGAAUGUUUUAAUCCAGUUAGCAAAAUCUGGACUGUGAUGCCUCCCAUGUCAACACAUAGGCAUGGCUUAGGUGUAGCCACACUUGAAGGACCAAUGUAUGCUGUUGGUGGUCAUGAUGGAUGGAGUUAUCUAAAUACUGUAGAAAGAUGGGACCCUGAGGGACAUCAGUGGAAUUAUGUGGCCAGUAUGUCAACUCCUAGAAGCACAGUUGGUGUUGCUGCCUUAAACAAUAAGCUAUAUGCUAUCGGUGGUCGUGAUGGAAGUUCCUGCCUCAAAUCAAUGGAAUACUUUGAUCCACACACUAACAAGUGGAGUCUGUGUGCUUCAAUGUCAAAAAGACGUGGAGGUGUGGGAGUUGCAGCAUACAACGGAUUCUUAUAUGUUGCUGGAGGUCAUGAUGCCCCUGCUUCUAGCCAUUGUUCCAAGCUUUCUGGCUGUGUGGAACGGUAUGAUCCAAAAAAUGAUUCAUGGUCAACUGUGGCACCUCUGAGUGUUCCUCGAGAUGCUGUUGCUCUAUGUCCCCUUGGAGAUAAACUCUAUGUGGUUGGAGGAUAUGAUGGACAUACUUAUUUGAACACUGUUGAGUCAUACAAUGCACAGAAAGAUGAAUGGCAAGAGGAAGUUCCUGUCAACACUGGAAGAGCUGGAGCAUGUGUUGUGGUGGUGAAGCUGCCAUAAAGCUAUCUUUAUCAAUAGGAGGGAAACUGGACAUUUCAUGAAAUGGAUUAGGAGGAAGAGAAGAAGGAACAUGUUCUUUCCUUUGAUUAGGAAUCAAACAUGAACAUUGUUGCAUUCUUUUAAUAUGUAGCUAUAAUUGCUCUCAUUUGUAAAGUCAAAACAAGUUUUCCAACAUGAAUUACAUAUAGGUGUUAAAUGUAUAUGUUGUUGCAGCUGAUACUGUAAGUGGAAAUCAAAUAGUUUAGGUUUAACCUCAUUACUAAAAAUAUUAAGGGAAAUCAAUAGUGGCCAAAGUAUGAAAGACUAUGAAAACACUGGUAUUUUUUUAAACUUAAGAAUGUGAGAAUUUAAAAACCUUUUAUAUUUCAAAACAAAAAAAUAUACUCUAUUUUCUGAAAUACAAUAUAAAAGAGAAUAUCUAAAGCUAAAAUAUGAAGUCUUAUUUCCAGUAAGACAUCAUUCUCUUAUUCAAAAACACCCCAAAUAGCUAAAUAAUACUUCAUUUUACCAACAGGAAGGCUAUUAGAGGGUUAGAGCUAAAAAAUAACUCAUGUUAUUUUUUAUUUUAUUCUGAUCACAGUAUGUUGAAAUUUUCAGACUUACUCUUUUUACAGCACCAUCUUUCAAAGCACACAUACAGAUUCAGUAUUUUUAACAUAUUGUCUUAUUAAACUUCUUACUAGUAAAAUAUUAUAAUUUCAUAUACAAUCUAUAUAAUAAAAUAUUAAAUAUUAUAUUGAUACAAACUAUGACCUCAGCUUUAAAGUGUCAGGGCCUCGCUUAUUUAAGAAGUAGUACUCUCAAAUAUUUCCUUGAACUCUAUAAAGCACUAUUAUUAAAUUAAAGAAAUUUUCAAAAAAAAUUCUCAAAGAACAGGAAAAUUGAGAAGGCACCAAAUUAUUCAAUAUCCAUGGUUAAUUCUAAAAUUAUAUUUUAGGUGCCAAUACAUUGUUUCUGUUAAUAUUAUAUUCACCCAGAAAAAAAUGUUAAUGAUAUAUGCAGUACAAAAAAACUUUCAAAAUUAAAAAGAAAAAUAGCUAGUUGGGUAGUAUCUUACCUUUAAAUCUCUACUUCCAUUUAUCCUACUAUAGAAAUAUUUAAGAUAAAAUGUUGAAAAAGAAACAUCUAUAUGAAAGUAACUUUUCAAGUAAACAUGUGAUUUUAGAAUUUAUGCAAUGUUCUUUUUAAAAAUGCUUUGUAUUGUAGUAUGUGAAACCAACAAAUAAAAUCCAGAGAGAUGCUUAUAACACAUGCUACUACCUUUUAGGUUUUAAAAAAGAGCAACAUAACUUGUACAAAAAUAACUGUAUUUUGACAAAAUGAAUUUAAAUAAAAUCUA